AUGAGUUCUGCUUCGUUUGCCUACUACCUUGGACCAACGAAGGCUUCCAUCAGGAUGAAGGUUGCCCGUCUUACGGAGAUCCAGUCGAGGGGUAUGACGAUCAGGGGACUCAAUCGACUUGGCCAGCAACAGUUAAGCCACGCCAUCACGCAGUACGAUGCGGCUUAUGAUGGCGAUGGCUACAACGAUCCUGACUUCGAUGAUCAUGGCUACCAUGAUGAGUUGGAUGAUGAUAUAGACUAUGGCGACGAACGGGGUUACGAAGAUGAUGAACUGGAGUACGACGAGGAUAAUGCAACAGACGAAGAUACGUCUGAUGAUGAGAUUGAGACCGACCCAACAGAUCCGGCGCAAGUGGUCCAUGACCCCGAGGAUGAAGCCGAGCAAGAUGGUCAAACUCAUAACGUUGACGACGAUCAAUCUGAGCUGAGCUGGAUCGACGGGCCUCAGAAUGAUUUCAGCGAAGACGGCGAAGUAGACGCAGCGCAGAGCGAGGCUGACGUAGUUGCUCCUGCAGACGAUAGUAUAGCUAUUCGCGCUGCAAAGGAUGUGCAUAUCGUGCGAAUAGUUGGACAAACUUCUGCUGUCUGCGGGCUGGUCGCUUGUGAUUGGUGCUCACAAAGCUUCCGCUACCGAUUCUUGGCCGAGUGGGAGUGCGCGGCGAGUAUGGUGAAUGUCUUCAUUUGGGCAGAGAAGGGUGUCGUACCGUUCAAGACUGAGCGUCGUCGAAAGGUGAAGAAGGUGGAGGACGAGAUUUGGGCGGAUCGCGACGAAGACAUGCUGGGUCUCGCGAGACUAAUCAAGGUUUUUGAAGCCCAGCUGUCAGAGCUACAGCCUUUUCUAUACUAUGGUUUUGGAAUUAGUUCGUUGUUCGAAGAGCUGGAGCUGGAGAUGCGGAAGGAGUACUGGGCUGUUACGGAGGAGGAUGUGGGUAUGCCUGGGCUCACCAUGACGUUCGACCUGGCGAGGAACUUCUCUGCACCAUUGCGCUGGGAUGAAUCGACGUAG